AUAGUGUUUAUAACUUUUCAUGAGUUAAGACGCACAUUUUCUUCAAGAUGAAACUUUUCGUUUUUAUUAUAUUUUCUGUUUUGUGUUUGAUCAACGCUCAAGAAGCCGAAAGUGAAAAUUCCUCUACCAUUGUUAGUAGAUGUAGGCAACGUGAUUGUCCUCCAAAUAAGCCUUUUUUCAACUCGCAAACUUGCAAAUGUGAAUGCAGACCGGAAUUAUUUAGAUGUGCUCCAGGAUACAUUUUCAACGAAAAAAAAUGUCAAUGUGAAAGAAAGUGCAAACGAAUUGUACGAUGUGUACCAGGCAGAUUUUUCAACCCUGAAACAUGUCGUUGUGAAUGUAACCUGGCACUCAUAAGUUGCUUUGAAAACUCCAAAGUUAAUCCCAAAACAUGUGAAUGCGAACCUCUCUGUCCUUUGAUAAAAUGUGCAGAAGGGUUUGUCGUAAACCAAAACACCUGUAAGUGCGAAUGUGAUCCAUCAUUAAUAUUAUGUGGAAGACCAACUGUUCUCAAUUUGAAGACGUGUAAAUGUGAACUAGAUACCUGCAUACAACAACUCUGUCCUCACAACUUUAUUUGGAAUUCAAAAACAUGUCAAUGCGAAUGUCCUCCUAGAAACUGUGGAAUUAAUCCACUAUUCAUUUGGAACAAAGACACUUGUCAAUGUGAAUGUGAUGCAUCACGAAUUCUCUGUGCUGCUGAUUCUUAUCUUGAUCCCGAAUCAUGUUCAUGUGUAAAACUUACACCACCUUGUCCUCCUCAGAAUUGUGGAAUCAAUCCUGAUUACCAAUGGAAUCCUGAUUCAUGUCAAUGUGAGUGUGCAAAGAAAUGUGAAGCUCCAUCUGUUCUCGUCAGCGAAAUUUGUCAAUGUCUCGCUCCUCAAAUCCCUGAUGAUGGUUAA